CAUAGCAUUCUUCACAUCGCCCUAAAAACUCCUUUUUCACAUUCACAUUCUAUUUUUUAAACAACCACCGAUCCAAAAUUUACAUUAUAUAAUCGCCAGUUAUUUUCUUUGCACUCCACCCUCCAUUGAUUUGAUUCUUUUUUGAUAAUUCAUUCCUUUGUUUUCCUUCAUUCAACAGGAGAGGGCAUGGCCGCCGAGAGGUUGUAAUUCAGAUUUGAUUUGAGGUCAUUAAUUGAGGAAUUAGAUCAAGCUAUGGCAAAAAAAAGAAAGUCUGAGAACACCGGAUUGGAUGAGGUUGAGAAAACCAUGUAUAACACAUUCUGCAGUGCUGCCAAUUCACUGUCACAGCUUUAUACGCAGGCCCAGAAUCAGCAAAAGAUUGCUUUUCAAGCUGGAGAGCGGCAUGGCCUGGAGAAACUAUACCAGUGGGUACUGAGGUCACAAGAAUCAGGUUCGAGAUUAACAGUGGCAGAAGUCUUUGGCUAUCUUCAGAAUGAACUUGAUUAUGGAGGAGAUGUUGAAGUACCUACGUUGCCAGCAUCACAAUUUCAAAAUCAAUCUCAUAGUCAGCAACAAAACUCGUUUCCAUUGAUCAAUAGUCAAACAUUAUCUGGAGUAUCUAGUCAGGCAAUUAGCGGGCAGGGAACCAGAAUGGUUCUCUCAGACCAGAACAAAAAUUCUGUAUUUUCAAAUGCACUUUCAAGUCCCGUCAGGAGGAGUCUUCAACCAUUUCAUAUGGCACAAGGGGGCUACUGUUCUGGAAGCAACGCAUCACAAGUAAUAAAUGGAGGGAGGAGGGUUGGACAUCCAACAGAUCAAGUUAACGUAGGAUUUCAGGGAGGAGGCCCUCUGGCUAGUCCACAGGAUGGGGAACUUAGUGGAAUGAAUACUAUGGUUGCAUCGUGUAAUAUUUAUGGGCAAGCUCAUCAAAAUCGAGAGUCCAAUUCGUAUUGUGAGACUGAUUCAACUAUGGACAUGCAUGCAGAGAGUCCUGCCCGUGGAUUUUACCAAUGAAGCAAGGGGAUGCUUUUAAGGUGCUGCUGUCGCAUGCAUGAAGCUGGGUUAUGGUUUGCAACAAUUUAUCAGACCUCGUAGCUUACUUUAUGCAAAUUGCAUUGCUAGGUAAUGAUGAUGAAUGGAUGAAGGAAGGAAGAUCUAAGGUUGGGCUUUUGAAAAUUGUCUUAGAAGAUAUAAUUUCACAUGAAUUUUUGGUGCUUAGUUGAGGGGUCUAAUUGGAUAAAGUAUCUAUGAGGUGUCCAUGUUGUGUGCUCAGCAAGUGAUUCUAGUUUCAGUGCAUUUCAAGUUGAAAAUAUAUGGGCAAGAUGUAUAAACUUUUUCUCUUAAUAUAUCACUUAUUGUUUUGUGCUGGUCAA